AUGUUUUACAAACACCACCUGAUGUUCAUUAUUUUAGUGAUGCUUCUUGUGUGUAUUAUCUCUUUUUCAUGGAGGAGGACAGACCUUAUUCUCAGCAUCAUCAGCUGCAAGACAACAGGUAUUAUCCAGGAAAAGCUGACAGAGAAAGAUGCUAGCUUGUCCAUUUCCACACAAAAAGAUGAGAAAGAACUGCUUAUCCUGAUUUGGGUCUGGCCUUUUAGGGAACACUUCCCGUUAGAUGCAUGUCAAAGACUUUACAACAUCACUGGAUGCACAUUGACAGCAAAUCAGAGUCUUUAUGAUACUGCUGAUGCUCUGGUUAUACAUCACGUAGAUAUAAUGUAUAACAGUCAGGCCUUGCCUCAAAAACCAAGACCACACUUUCAACGUUGGGUUUGGUUCAACAGGGAACCUCCAUUGAUCAUUAAAAACCUGCAUUUUCUGGACAAUCUCUUUAACAUGACAAUGACUUUCCGUCAAGAUUCUGAUAUUUACAGGCACUACGGACGCAUUGAAGCUGUCAGGAAACCACAAAAUUUAAUUAUUCCCCCAAAGUCCAAGAUGUUAUCUUGGGUUGUAAGUAAUUGGAGCCCUGGUAUGCGGCGUAAUGAUUAUUAUGAGAUGCUGAAAAAGCACAUUUCUAUAGAUAUUUAUGGACAACAACACAAGAAAUUGAGCCUUGGAGAUUUCCACAAAGUCAUCUCACAGUACAAAUUUUACUUGGCUUUUGAGAAUUCAGUUUAUAAGGAUUACAUUACUGAGAAACUUUGGUCAAAUGCAUUUGAGUCUUGGGCUGUGCCUAUUGUUUUAGGGACAUCUCGCAAGAAUUAUGAACGUUUUAUCCCCAGUGAUGCAUUUAUUCAUGUUGAUGACUUCUCCAGCCCAAAGGAACUGGCUGAUUUCCUAUUAGAGUUGGACAAAGAUGAUGAAAGAUAUAGGAAAUACUUUAAUUGGAGGUCUCAUUACAAAGUGAGGAGAGAGACUGGGUGGGCUUAUCAUUAUUGCAUAGCUUGCCGUGCUUUAAGACAGGCUCCAGAUUACCAAGUUAUUCCUAGUAUUGCUAAAUGGUUUCUAGAGGAUGCUGUUUUCUAG